AACAAGCGUACACCGAUGCACUACGCGGCAGCCACUCGUGAUGGCGGACAUUACGUCAAAAUUCUGAGUAAAGGCGGAGCUGAUCCACUGGCUGUGGACAAUGAAGGCCGCACUCCGGAUUAUUACCGCAGAAACACAGUGCUUGAUUUGAAACUGAUCAGAGAUGACGACCAGGAGAAUGAAAUCUUACCCGAGGAAUUCGAGGAUGAGGCACCACAAAUCGAUUCACUACAGAGCAGUGAUUCCACUUCGGCUGCGAGUUCGCCAUCUGAAUCGCCUCAUUUGGAUGAGCGGGAUGAAUUCGAUCGGAGCAGCUACGAGCGUUUUGUUUCAGAGCGAAUUGAACUGUUACCAACUACCGAAAAUGGCCUUUACCUUGCCAGAACUGUUGCUCCUGUCCUUACGAAAGCUCUUGCUGAGGUUCAAUUUUUUGAACUAAAUUGUUAUUUCUCAUAG